GGGAGGAGAAAAAAAAUGUAAAAGGCGGGGGCAAAAAGGCCAGAAGAAAGUCACAAACUACUUUGCAUCAUCUGACUUGACAACGUCUGGUUGAUCAAGUUUCCUUUUCACUUUUUUUUGAACAGGCAUUUCUUUCUAACUCACUAUAUACCGGUUGCAAGUCGGCCAGCAAACAGCAUGGCAAAGAGCGUCCGAGCCAGCGUUUCCAAACGGAACAAGGCAAAGUUACGAGCGACUGUCUUUGGGCCAGUUGUCGAUGCAAGAACUGAGAGGCUAUCCGCAAAGCUACAGGAGCUAGCUUCUCAGCCAAAGCCAAACGAAGAGAAGUCCGAUAUGGAACUCGAUACCACCAGAACAAAUGGCCAUGGUGAUAAUGUGAAUGAAAAUGCUCCGAGCUCCAAUGAAGAUAUGGAUAUUGACCGGGGCUCUGGCAAGGGCACUCGAGCUCCCUCCAAUAAAUCAGGCCGUAUACAGAAGCGUCAUAGGAAAAGUCGUUCCUCCAUUGUUUUUCGCCCAAAUCAAACGAAGGCACGGGCUUCUAAGAGGAAGUGAAAAAUACCCACUAUUUCCGUCUAUAUAUAUACACUGGGGCAAUCUGACAUUAGAUAUGGGGUUUGGAGUUGAAAAUUAUAACAUGUUGCAAGUCUUCCACUGCUUAUAAUAAUUUCAGGGAAACAUUUAACCUGCCUUCCAUCCAUGAUUCUACCUCAAUAUAAAUAAGCGCAGACCUCAUCU